UUUUAAAGGUAGGGCUGCAACUGCGACUAAUCCUCUCAAACUACAAAUAGAAGGAAGAGAAUGCCGGUGAAGGUGGUGGAUGCGACCGUUUCAAGCUUUGACAGAAUCUUUGAGAAAUUCAGAUCAGAUGCACCCAACAACAAAUUCAAUCUCAUCCUCUUCUUGGCCGAUAAAGACCCUUCUACCUCUCUCAGUUGGUGCCCUGACUGUAUAAGAGCUGAACCUGUGAUAUACAAGAAGCUGGAUGCAUUAGCAGAAGAUGUGGCACUGCUGAGAGCAUAUGUGGGUGACAGGCCAACGUGGAGGAAUCCGCAGCACCCUUGGCGGGUAGACUCAACAUUCAAGCUCACUGGAGUCCCAACUUUGGUUCACUGGGAUUGGGAGAAUGAUUCCAUCAGAGCUCGACUGGGGGACCAUGAAGCCCACCUUGAACACAAAAUCGAUGCGCUUGUCUCCACCAAAUAAAAGCUACACUCCCUCUACUGCUUUUAAGUAUUAAUUUAAGAUGGUUUAGGGUAGUUUCGAAAUAAACUUCAUAUUUUAUCAAUUUCCUUACUCUAUUAUUAUCACUUAACGCCAUGAAAGUAACAAGUCUCUACCAGUGUUUUAUGGCCUGCAAUCCAUUCAUCAAAUCAUACGUUUUUCUUACUA